CAGACACUACAGUGUAAAGCUUAUUUUGUUUGUUAUAACUUGCAGUGCAAUAAGGAUGACUAUGGGGUAUUUUUUCAUCUUUUGGAUUGUCUGUGCUUUACAGGGUGUCCACGCUUUUAACUGUUCUUCGGGAUUUCAAGCAACUAUUCUGGGAACGUGCGCAGAUGUAAACGAAUGUCAAGGUUCAGCCCCGUGUACGAAAGGCACAUGUGAGAACACAAAUGGAAAUUACUUUUGUGAUGACAGUCAGUCGGUAGAUAAAAACAAAAGGGUUACCUGUGGCUCAGUUACAUGCGAUAAUUUCGCACGUUGUGACGCCAACACAACGACCUGUGUCUGUCAGCCUGGUUAUUCGGGACAGACCUGCAGCUUUAAGUUACCCUGUGAUAAAAUGUGUAGAAACAACGGUACAUGUGAUUUUCUGGGGACGCAGGAAGUCUGUAUUUGUACGAAUGGCUAUACCGGAAGCGAGUGCCAGUAUAGCCUGGACCUGUGCUCUCAGUCUACGUCUGUGUGCUUAAAUAACGGAAGUUGUGUCUAUGGACAAUUCAAUAAAUUCCCAACGUGUGAAUGUCAAGGAGGAUACGUUGGACUUUACUGUGAAGCGAUGACCAACUGUAGUGCUCUGUGUUACAAUGGCGGCUCAUUCCCAGAAUGCAAUGGAACAUGUCCUUGCAAUAGCAGUUACUAUGGAGAUAGUUGCCAGUAUAAAGUUGACUGCGGUUGUGAAAAUGGUGGAGUGUCUGUGCCGGAUGCUGGCGCUACCUGUAGGUGCGUGUGUCCCGUGGGGACGAGUGGCCCUACCUGUGCCAUCAACACAACUAACGAAUGUAGCUCAUCCCCGUGUCAAAACGGGGGAACCUGCAUGGAUAAAACAGGUUACUACACAUGCCAAUGCCCCAGUGAAUAUACUGGCUACAAUUGUCAAGUUAGAUGUGAGCGUGAUCGAAACUGUAUAUGGAAGGAUUGUAUGCAGUGUAAGAAUAAGUUUGCUAACCGCGUGUGUGAUAGUGAAUGUAACAACGAACUGUGUCUGUAUGAUGGCUUUGACUGCCAUAACACAACCUUUGAAAUUUGUAGCGGCACAUACGACAAUGGAACAGACAUUAGGGACCUGGCUUUUCUGUGUUCUGGUUAUUUUGAUGACAACAUGUGUGUAGAUUUAUCUAAUGCAACGUCACUGAGAUACUGCAGUAACGAGAGCUGUGGCAGUGACGGACUGGACUGUUUGAGUAACAAAAGAGACUCUUCGAACAUCCUCGGCGUGGUUGUGUUUGAUUUUGUUUUAUUGAGGGGUAGUAUUGGUAACAACGUGACAAUGUUAAAUGAAUCUACCCCCACACUGUUCAGUAAAUACUUGCCCUUAGAUCUCACCGUCUUUCCGGAAUUCCCUGGAUUUUUUGUUCGUCGAUUGACCACAGACAGAUUUAAUCCUGGCACGGGAGCUCUAAUGAUCAACCCUUAUCCCGACUUUGCAACUUCGUUGAAAUACCGAGUUUUCUACAACGUAGUCAAUAAGCCUGGCUGUGGAGGCGUGUCCUCGUUACCCUGUUGGUCUAACAUUACCAGCGUGACGAGGUAUCUCGCACUGACCGCUCAAGACAUAUUUUCCACGUACAUCGAUAGCAUCACAGAGAUCUUCCCAUGCAUGGAAGGAUAUUACGGAAGCCGAUGCGCCAUGAUGUGUAGCUCUAACUGCCAGUCAUCGGGCUCUGGUCGAUCUUGUGAAAUGGAUACAGGAAAGUGUAUAUCGGGUUGUAGCAGCAAUUCAUAUACGGGAGAUAACUGCGAUAUCAGGUGUAGCAGCAAUUGCAUCCAGUCAUGCUCACACAUCAAUGGAACUUGCGAUUUGACAUCUAAUAAUACGAGAUGUCUUGCAGGCUACCAGGGUUUACAUUGUAACGAGACAUGCAACAAUGACAAUUAUGGCAUUGACUGUAAAUUCAACUGCUCUUCCAACUGUGAAACUGGAACAUGCAACACAAUGACUGGGCACUGCACGUGCAAAAGUGGCUACACAAAAACAGACCCUUUGUGCAGAACUGAUUGUACCUCAGGUACUUAUGGUAAUAAUUGCACGGGCACCUGUAACACCUGUGGGAUGGGUGUGCCAUGUAACAAGGUGGAUGGAUCAUGCUCCUCGUGUCCAGCCGGCAAAACUGGAUCCAUGUGUAAUCAAGAUUGUGCUGACAACUACUAUGGUGCUGGUUGUAUGCAAAAAUGUAGCUCCAAUUGUGCUGUGGUAUGUGACAAAACCAACGGGUCAUGUUCUUCUUGCAAAUCUGGAUAUGAGGGAAUGUAUUGUACAACCAAGCUAAAAUCAAAUGAUGCUACACUUGCCAACCCAUCCAGUGAUAUGCAGUCGACUAUCAUCGCUGUUGUUAUAAUCAUUGUUUGUCUGCUGGUCAUUGCCUUUGUCAUCGGAUUCAUCCUGUGGAGAAGAAACCAGGGUGCAGAUUAUGAAUUGAACGAAGUAGAGCCAAUAAGUUCCAAAAAGACUAAUGCUGAUGGUAAUGGUCAUGCCAUUGAAAUGCAAGACAUUGAAAUUCAAGACAAUUUAGGUACCACAAAUGCAACGGUGGAAAAUGAGAAAAUGAAUGGAGGAGAGGCAGUUCCAUUAUUGGAGCAGAGCACGGCAGUGUACAGUGGUGAAUCUACAGAUGUGGAGGCAAAACCGUCAGCAGAUCAAGAAAACACAGCUGGUGAUACGUCAACAGAGGAACCUCAUCCAGAAAACACAAACAUAGAAGACGAGAACAAGACAGAAGACAACAGUGAUGAAACAGGGACAAACAUGGCAACUACAAAUGGAAGUGUCCCUGAAAGUGACUUCAAAUACAUUGACGGAGUAGAAAGUAAAAAUAAUUCUUUAGAUGAUGUACGGGAAACGAAGGAAGAGGAUAUAAAUAUUGGAGGAGAAAACAAUUCCGAAUUAAAAAUGGACACAGGAGAUAAAGCAGAUGAAUAGAAAAUAUGUGUCUGUGCCUUUAUUGCCUAUAUGAUCAUCAACUUUUUCAGCUCAAAGUACAUGUAUUUCAUAUGCAUACUGGUCAAUUUUCAAAAUAAGUAUCGUAUAAGUAGAAUUUUUAGCGAGGAUUUAAUUUUGGCAUUAUUAGCGAGGGUGCUGAGAUCGCUAAAAUUGAAU